GCAGCCGCUCGGCCCCGGCCCCGGCCCUAUGUACCGCGCGCUGUAUGCGUUCCGCUCGGCGGAACCCAACGCCAUGGCGUUCGCGGCUGGCGAAACCUUCCUGGUGCUGGAGCGCAGCAGCGCGCACUGGUGGCUGGCGGCGCGGGCGCGCAGCGGCGAGACCGGGUACGUGCCGCCUGCCUACCUGCAUCGCCUGCAGGGCCUGGAGCAGGAUGUCCUCCAAGCCAUCGACCGGGCCAUCGAGGCUGUACACAACACAGCCAUGCGAGAUGGUGGCAAGUAUAGCCUGGAACAGCGUGGAGUGCUCCAGAAACUGAUCCAUCACCGGAAAGAGACCCUGUCUCGCAGAGGCCCCUCAGCCUCCAGCGCUCCAGUUAUGACCCCGUCCACCAGUGACCACCAUCUGGAUGCUGCCGCCGCCAGGCAGCCCAAUGGGGUGUGUCGAACUGGGUUUGAACGUCAGCACAGCCUGCCCAGUUCUGAGCACCUUGGGGCAGAGGGCAGCUUCUACCAGAUCCCACCCCAGCCUCGCCGAGCAGCGCCGGCCACCCCACCCCCGCCCGUGAAGCGCCGAGACCGCGAGGCUCUGAUGGUCUCAGGGAGUGGCGUCCGCACCACAGCGCCCUCUGGGGGCAGUUCCAUAUCCAGCGGCUCGUCCGUCAGCAGCACCUCCGUGGACACGCUCUAUACUGGCUCCAGCCCCUCCGAGCUGGGCCCCAGCUGCUCCCCCACGCCCCCACCUGUGCCUCGCCGAAGUGCCCACACCACUGUGUCCCACGCCCAGCCCUCUCCCUCCAAGGCACCAUCCCCCGAGCCUCCUGCCGAGGAGGUGGCAGCUGGUACCACCUCGGCCCCCGAUGAGCUGGAAGCUCUGGAUGCCCUCAGCCUGGAGACCACUGAGGAGAAGGCAGUGGCCGAGACGGUUGUGCCAAGGACCAUUGGGGCAGAGCUGAUGGAGCUCGUGCGGAGAAACACCGGCCUGAGCCAUGAAUUAUGCCGUGUGGCCAUCGGCGUGGUGGUGGGUCACAUCCAGGCCUCUGUGCCAGCCAGCUCACCUGUCAUGGAGCAAGUCCUCCUCUCGUUGGUAGAGGGCAAGGACAUGAGCACGGCCCUGCCCUCGGGCCAGGUCUGCCACGACCAGCAGAGGCUCGAGGUGAUUUUUGCGGACCUGGCCCGGAGAAAGGAUGAUGCCCAGCAGCGCAGCUGGGCCCUGUAUGAGGACGAGGGUGUCAUCCGCUGCUACCUGGAGGAACUGCUGCAUAUUCUGACAGAUGCGGACCCUGAAGUUUGCAAGAAAAUGUGCAAGAGGAACGAGUUUGAGUCUGUCCUGGCCUUGGUGGCCUAUUACCAGAUGGAGCACCGGGCCUCGCUGAGACUGCUGCUGCUCAAGUGCUUUGGUGCCAUGUGCAGCCUCGACGCGGCCAUCAUCUCCACGCUCGUGUCCUCCGUGCUUCCCGUGGAGUUGGCACGAGACAUGCAGACUGACACGCAGGACCACCAGAAACUGUGUUACUCUGCCCUCAUCCUUGCCAUGGUCUUCUCUAUGGGAGAAGCGGUGCCCUACGCACACUACGAGCACCUGGGCACACCCUUUGCCCAGUUCUUGCUGAGCGUCGUUGAGGAUGGGCUUCCCUUGGACACCACGGAACAGCUGCCUGAUCUCUGCAUGAACCUGCUUCUGGCUCUCAACCUGCACCUGCCAGCGCCAGACCAGAAUGUCAUCAUGGCCGCCCUGAGCAAACACACCAACGUCAAGAUCUUCUCUGAGAAGCUGUUGUUGCUUCUGAACAGAGGGGAUGACCCGGUACGCAUCUUCAGGCACGAGCCUCAGCCGCCACACGCUGUCCUCAAGUUCCUGCAGGACGUGUUCAGCAGCGCUGCCACAGCCACCAUCUUCUACCACACCGACAUGAUGGCGCUUAUUGACAUCACGGUGCGGCACAUCGCGGACCUGUCGCCUGGAGACAAGCUGCGCAUGGAGUACCUGUCUCUGAUGCAUGCCGUGAUCCGCUCCACACCCUACCUGCAGCACCGCCACCGCCUGCCUGACCUGCAGGCCACGCUGCGGCGCAUCCUGACUGAGGAAGACGCCUCACCCCAGUGCCAGAUGGACCGCAUGAUUGUCCAAGAGAUGUGCAAAGAGUUCCCGGAGCUGGGGGAGGUCCCCAGCUAGCGCCUUCCCCUUCUCCUUUCCCUGCAGCCCCGGUCAAUGUGCAGGGAGGGACUCAAGGUGGAGGGGGGGGAGCGGGCUUUGCCCUAAGAAUGUUUUGCACUGACAUUAUGAGGGGAUAAGCGAGUAGAAGGGACCUGAGUAAGCCCCUCCUCCCCCCCCCCAGCCCCACAACUUGAAGUAGAGUCAACGCAAGGGGCCAAGUGUAGGAUUGGGGACCACAGUUUGUGAGUUACAUUGGGGCAGAGGACGAGUACGAGCUGAAGUCUUCUGUUGGCUGGUAGGCUGCUUCUUCAGCAUGCCACCCUCCCCACCCCACACACCCACAUGCGCACCCUGCUGCUGCCUCAGCCUGGGCCAAAUCUCCUCUCCCCCUCCCCCUCCCCGUGCCUGGUCUGAGGGCUCAGUCUCAGCAAGCCAUGUCCUUGGAGUGGGGGGAGGCUCCUCCCACCACCUCUGUUCUCUCUGCCUUAGCUUUGCAGUGAGUGUUGCUCAAGUGCAACCCCCAACACCUAUAGGGAUUAACUCCCCCCACCCCCCGCCCAACCUGCUUUCAACCAACCCCAGAGGCCUUGACCAGGCUGCUGCCUUGUAAAGCGGGAUCUUGGAGACAGGCCAUCCAUUCUGGAGCAACAGGAUGAUGGUGCUGAGAAAGCCAAGGACAGAAUCUUAUUUUCUCUGAAGAAAAAAAAAAAAAAUGUAGACUGAAAAGCCAUGUGUAUUUUCCUAUGUGCUGCAGCUCACCUUUGGAAAUAAAUUAUAAACAUCUGGA